AACCCAAAAUGCGAGAGCUAGACCACGAAAAGCUGCCACAAUUGCUUUUCUCGUGGCUAGCUGAAUGGAUUUCCUGUGCUCGAGGUCUGUGACUGCAUGCGCUGUAUGUAGUACCUUUACUAAAUUUCCAUAUAAUGUGGAUCAAUUUAUUGUCAAUAUUGAGUUUUCCAAGACAACACACCCGCUCUCUCUCUGAUGGAGUGAAAAACUCAUGAUUUGAGGGGCUGUAAGGUCUUGGCACAGAAGAAGGAUGAUGAUGGAACAGGAAUUGACAGUAGCUCCCUCAUCCUAACCAUCAUGAAACACCCCCCGAAGAAUAUGGAUCUGAAGCGAGUCGGUGAUGUGGUGAAGUUCGUCAAGGAUACCGUCAAAGGGAAACCGAUGAAUGACAGAUUGCUUGCAAUGGAAAACAUCAUUGCAAUAGUUGGAGCAUUGCCGCCAAACUCCAAACAUCGUAUUAAAUUGACAAAUAUCCUGAUCACGAGGCUGUGGGACAGUCUUGAACACCCUCCAAUCAACUUCCAGGGACCAAAAUUCUACUACCGUACUCCAGACGGGAGCUAUAACAAUGUACACUUCCCAAACCUAGGAAAGGCGGGUAUGCCAUACGCAAGGUCAAUCCGAAGUGACACCAAGCUACCUGGUGUUCGACCAGACCCGGGAUUACUCUUUGACCUUCUCAUGAAACGGGAGGAUGGUAAAUUUAAACAGAACGAGGGAGGCAUCUCAUCUCUACUGUUCCAUCAUGCUGCCCUUAUUAUCCAUGAUAUAUUUCGAACCGAUCGACGUGACAUGAAUAUCAACAACAAUUCUUCCUACCUCGACCUUUCGCCGCUGUAUGGAUCUAGCCUGAAGGACCAACUGAAGGUCAGGACCAUGAAAAAUGGAUUCCUUAAACCCGACACCUUCCACGAUGAGAGAUUAAUUGCGCAGUCUCCUGGUGCCAACGUCCUCCUAGUCCUUUACAGCCGGUUUCAUAAUUAUGUGGCGGAGACCCUGCUUCUAAUCAACGAAGGCGGACGUUUCACCCCUAAGGGAGACGAUGAAGCUUCGCUUGCCCAGUUGGACGAGGACUUAUUCCAGACUGCCAGAUUGAUUGUUGGCGGAUUGUAUAUUAACAUAAGUCUUCAUGACUAUCUUCGUGCAAUUACCAAUACACAUCAUUCUGACAGCUCAUGGACCUUGGACCCACGUGUGGAUAUCCCAGCUUCGCUGGUAAAAUCCGGCCCCGAAAGAGGCAUUGGCAACCAAGUCACGACCGAAUUCAACCUCUUGUACCGUUUCCAUUCCUGUAUCUCCUUAGGGGAUGAAAAAUGGUUAGAUGAAUUCUUUGGAGAAAUAUUCAAAAGCACCGGAAAGCCUUUGGAGGAAUUAACUCUAAAAGACGGUAUGCGGGCUAUUGCACAGUUCGAAUCCCUAAUUCCCAUGGACCCUAGCCAACGUAACUUUGGCGGCAUCGAAAGAGGCGAGGAUGGGAGAUUCCGCGAUGAAGAUCUGGUAAGACUAUUGAAAGCGAGCAUUGAUGACCCGGCCGGUGCCUUUGGUCCCAAAAACACGCCAAAGGCUAUGCGGGUUGUAGAGAUCCUAGGUAUCCACCAAGCUCGUCAAUGGAGAACGGCAUCGCUUAAUGAGUUCCGCAAAUUCUUCAAGCUUAAACCCCACGAGACUUUCGAAGAUAUCAACCCUGACCCAGAAAUAGCUGACCAUCUCCGAAAUCUCUAUGGGCAUCCUGACAUGGUCGAAGCGUACCCCGGCUUAUAUGUUGAGGACGCCAAACCAAGAAUGGACCCAGGUUCAGGAGUUUGCACGCCGUACACAGUCGGUAGAGCCGUUCUUUCCGACGCCAUAACCCUUGUUCGUUCAGACAGGUUCAACACCACAGAGUAUAAUGUUGCCACACUGACAAACUGGGGUAUGGCGGAAGCCCAGCAGGAUUAUGAUACUCUUGGAGGAUCCAUGUUUUACAAACUAAUCCAACGUGGUCUGCCAGGGUGGUUCCCAUUUAACUCACUCUCAGUAAUGCAACCAAUGUACACGCCAGCAAUGAACCGGGAAAUCGCAACGGAGCUCGGGACCAUAUCUCAAUAUACUGAGGCUGACCCAAAGCCACCUCCCCGUCGACUCGUAUUAAUGAAACACUCGGAAAUCAGCCAAAUGCUUAGUGAUCCCAAGCAGUUCCCUGUUCCUUUCGGAAAGCCCUAUGAAAAUUUCAUCGAGGGCCGUGAUUUUGGCCAUUUCAUGCUUGCUGGGGAUAUGCCACGGAAUAAGGAGCAGCGAAACUUGUACGGCAGCGCGCUCUACGGGAGCGGCGAACUGAAGGAGCUGCUCUCGACGUUCAUCGUGGACCAAACCGACAAAUUUUUAACUGGUAGUAUGUUCCAGAUUGGAAGGGGCACGUAUCACGUCGACAUCUUGAAGGACGUGGCAAUUCCCGUCAUGACAAGAUUUAUGGGCGACCUCUUCCAGUUCGACUUGAAAACAGAGGAGAACAGUUCGGGAACAUACGACAUCGACGGCCUAUACAAUGAUCUCCUUAAUAUCCGAAUAUGGGGAUUCGGCAAUGAUGAUCCUGCUCUUUCGUGGAACCGCCGUCGUGAUGCCCAAGCGUCAGCUAGGAGGCUACUCGCUUCCACAGAAGCGUAUAUCAAAAGGGUCACGAGCUCAACAAGAAUCCGUAAUAUUGUCGGAGCCGUAACCAAUGGGCUUGCAUCCAAUGGCAACAGCACUUCGCUACGCUCCUUUGGACGUGAUUGCAUCAUGGAGCUUCUCUCCAAUGGAAAAUCGGUGCAGGAAAUAGCCGACAUUAUGGUAUUCACAGCACUUGGCGGCAUCGGUGCCGCUAUUAGCACGCUUGCGGAAGUUUUGGAGUUCAUGAUUGCAGUCCCCGAAAACGUGGAACACCUCGAGGCAUUCCAACAACUUACCCUAGAAAACUCAGAAAGGGCAGACAAUGACCUUCGACGAUAUGUUCUUGAAAUGCAGCGUCUGACCGCAGGUCAUGUAACCAUACGGGUUGCUACCCAGCCCGGAGGGUUUGGCGCUCAAAGCUUCCAGCCAGGCGAGCAAAUUAUCGCGUAUUUCGCCGCCGCAUGUCGGGAUCCAGAGGCAUAUCCAGAGCCAGAGAAAAUCAAACUUGACCGCCCACUCGAAAAGUAUAUCGCAUUCGGCGAUGGUCCGCACCAAUGUUUUGGUCGUGAAUUGGCCCUGGCAUUCCUGGUCGGGGUCUUAAAGCGCGUGACUGCGCUCAAGAACAUCCGUCCAGCUUUGGGUGGAAUGGGUGUGUUGAAGAAGAUCAAGAGGAGCGGUAUUCCAUAUUACCUUUCGGAGGAUUGGUCGAGUUUUACCGGUUAUGCAUCCACGUGGCAACUUCAAUUUGACGAUCCCGACUUCGUGGUAUCUUGAAAAACUGGCACCGGACACAUUGGGAAUGGAUUGGAAGAGUAGUGUGUAAAGCAGCGACAUCACGCAAGGAUGCGUGUAAGUGCAUGUUUCGAUAGCUGUUCUUUCUCUUUAAUAUAAUUCGGGCGCCGUGUAGUAAUUUGUCCAAAACUCCCGUUCAUAACAAAUGAGAGUUAGCGUAGUAGUAUUCAAAAUAGUGUACAGUCCCUUCCACGGCUUAGUUUAGCGUUCUCUCAAGAAUUGCCGCCCAUCAACAUUCUCGUCAUAUAUCCGCUAUGAGCUCGCAGAGUAUCUGGGUGUUCCAGCCAUUUGCAUUUAUGGAAAUAUCCAGUAUCUCCAUACGACGCUCCACCAAAAGAUAUUCAUUCUUUGCGCCUAGACUACUCCAGAUUUUAUAACGCCAGCCAUUCUAGUAGAAUACAGCUUCAUUGCAAGCGGCUAGUCGUCCCCCAACAUAAC